AUGAGUUCCCCCACCGAUUGCUAUUCCACCUCUUCCUCGUCGGAAGAGGAAGAAGAGUGCCGAGAACGUGGGAAACGUAAAAAGAAAGAGAUAAAAAUGCAUGCGUGAGUGGGGAAAGUUGAACGGAAAUUGGAUUUAUCGAGAAAUUUGCAGAUGUCCGUCGUGUAAUAAGGAGUUCCGAUGGCCGAACUUACUCCGUCAGCACAUCGAAACGCAUAAAGGUGAUUUAGACUCAAAAAAAUAAUAUAAAUUUGAAAAUAUCGAGUAUUUCAACUGUUUGAGCACUCAAAAUCUCCCGUUUUUCAAAUUUUCCUCUUCAGACAAUCGAUAUCGGUGUCCGGAAUGUCCCAACCUCUCGUUCAACCACUAUCUCCAACUGCGAGCCCAUAAAAAAGAGCGUCAUUCGCAGGCGAUUCACAAGUGCUCAUUGUGCCCGUUCGCCGGCCGAAAGCCCGACUUUCGCCGGCAUUUCCAGAAGAAUCAUAUCGACGGAGUGCCGUGCACAGUCGCCGGAUGCACGAUUCGAGUGGCCAAGAAUCGGCUGAAGAGACACUUGAAAGAGCUGCACCAGAUGGACGGCGAACCGUCUCCAGUUCUGGUCAGGGCACAGUUGAAAUGGGAAAAGUGUCCGAAGUGCGAAUACCGGCCGACUAUUGACGAUUUAGACAUGCGAUAUGAGGAUCUGAUGAUCCAUUUCAAGACGGUCCACGAGAACGGAGGCAGCAUCAAGUGCACGUCGGGUUGUGGAGGCACUUUCGCGGCGGACGACUUUCUGAGUCACUUGGAAAAGUGCUCCUCCUCCUCCUCCUCUUGUCCAUCCUCGGCCGUCGGCGCGUCUUCAGAAUGCAACGAUACGAACACGAUGACGUCGGAGACAACGGACCAUCUGAGGGCGUUUUCGGAAGAAGAGGAGAUGCCAAAAGAUGAAGCGCCGCCGAAGAAAAAGAUGAAGACAGUGCCCAGAAAGAAGGACUUCAAAUGCGACCGCCCGUCCUGCGAGAAGGCGUUCCGAACGGAGCAAGCGUUGAACGACCACUUCAACGUGCACGACGGUAAGAAUCCCUCCAGCCACUGCCGUCAUCCGUUCCUUUCCUUGCCAGACGUGAAGCCGUACGCGUGUCGCACGUGCGAUCAACGCUUCCACGGACGGGACCGCUUCGCAGUCCAUCUCUCGAAAUACCAUCGGACGAGCAUCAAGGAUCUCAACACGAGGGACAUGCUCGCCGGCGUCUCGAAGGCCAAACCAACGCCAGAUUCAUAA